AUGCCGCCGCCGCUCCACCUCCUUUUGGUCCUACUGCUGCUCCCGUCAGCCCCCGCCCGUGCCCCAGCGUCCCGGGACCCUGCCGCCACCUUCUUCCGGGCUCUCGGCCUUCGCCAUGCACCCCGCGGCGCCUCCAGGCUCCGACCUGUGCCUCCGCUCAUGUGGCGCCUGUUCCGCCGCCGCGACACCCUGGAAGCCCGGGCCCGGUGGCGGUGGCCCCCCGCGGUCCCCCUGAGGCCAUGCCACGUGGAGGAGCUGGGGGUCGCUGGGAACAUCGUGCGCCACAUACCGGGCCGUGGUGCGGCGGCUCCGCGCCCAAAGCCCGAGGUGCUGCCUGCCGGGCUGUGCCCCGACUGGACCGUGGCCUUCGACCUGUCGGCGGUGGAACCAGAAGAGGUCCCCAGCCGUGUCCGGCUGGAGCUGCGCUUCACUGUGGGGAGCGCGGACUUAGCGUGCCCCGCGGAAGGCUGGGAGCUGAGCUUGGCGCUGGCAGGCGAGGCGGGCCCGGGCCCGGUGCUGCUGCGCCAGGCCGUGCGCUCCCUGGAGUCUCCGGUGCGCGCCGAGCUGCUGGGCACCGCCUGGGCUGCCAACACCUCGGCGCCACGCAGCCUCCGCCUGGCCCUGGCGCUGCAGCCCCGGGCGCUCGCCGCCUGCGCGCCUCUGGCUGAGGCCUCACUGCUGCUGGUGACCCUGGACCCACGCCGGUGCCGCCCCCCAGCCCGUCCGCGGCGCCAGGCCCAACCGGCCCCGGCUGGCGCCUGCCGUGCCCGCCGACUCUACGUGAGCUUCCGCGAGGUGGGCUGGCACCGCUGGGUCAUCGCGCCCCGAGGCUUCCAGGCCAACUACUGCCAGGGCCACUGCGCGCUGCCCGCCACGCUGCCUGCCUCCGGGGGGCCGCCCGCGCUCAACCACGCGGUGCUGCGAGCGCUAGUGCACGGGGCCACCCCGGGUGCCGGCCUGCCCUGCUGCGUGCCCGCGCGCCUGUCGCCCAUCUCUGUGCUCUUCUUUGACAACAGCGAUAACGUGGUGCUGCGUCACUACGAGGACAUGGUGGCUGAUGACUGCGGCUGCCGCUGAGCCCAGGGCCCCAGGUGUUCGUGGCCAAGAGCUGCCCACCCCCCUCC